CCAAAAAAACCUUUGUCGAAAUGUGCAGACAUUGUGUCUUGUUAGGUAUUGCAAGCAAGUAUAGUGUGGCUGGUUCCUGACUUGUGAGUGCGGGGAAGUGAAGAGCUAUGCAGGUUGCAGAGUUAUGCUUGCACACCCAGACUGCUGUGAUGGAUCUAAAUGGCAUGUCCUCUGCAGCCCAGGCACCACUGGGGAGGUCAGGGAUUGAAUUACAGCUCCUAUCGAUUAUUGUUCCCACCAUUGCCCUUCAGAGAGGCCAGGACAGGAAACGCAUCCUCCAUGCUGUAGGCUCCUGGGAGGAACAGCUCCCCUAUACUGUCUGCAGUCAGGAUGGCUAGCUGUCAGUCACUGCUCCCUCUUUGUGAAUGGAGCUACUAUAACUUGCCCUGGUUGUGCAUUUAGUUGAGAUUAUUUAAUCAGUGAGCUUUUCUUUCCAGGAAGUCUGCUAUGAUGUUGUUUAUUUGAAGUCCUCAACUUACGUCAGCUCUGUUGGACAGUGGCUCUUAGCUCUAAUGUUCCCAGAGAGAUGAUUUUGUCAGUUAUUCCUCAGCAUUCCUUAAACAAUAAAGCUGGUUUACAGAAAACAGUGCUUGCAGACGCAAGUUCCACAUGUUUAUAUAUUAACUCUUUUGCUGAUAAAGAUGAUAAUAUGAACUCCAAUUCUGUUUUUUAAACACAAUGUAUAAACAUUAGGCUACUGUCAAAUACUUCUGCCUUUGGAAUAUUGCCCUGUAGCUUGAGCUCAAGGCUUCAAUAUAUUUUAUACUGUUAAGUAGACUGAAGCCUUAAACUCUUGUCAUUUGCAAGGAACUUCAUGAGACUUGAGACCUGGAAUAUAGCACUUUUAAACUUUUUAAGUUAUAUUUGAAAAUAAUCAAAUCGGUACCAACCCUGGAACCUACUAGCUGACUGUUCUUUCAUGCGCCCCUGCACUUGCAUUGGGUAGCAGAACUUGAAAUGGAUUUAGAAUUAAUGACUCUGUGAAAGAGCAAAGUAGUCUAUAUGUAGGCUAAAUUUAAAAUGUUUCACUAGAAAAAAAAUCAUACAUUACACAGUUGAAACAAACAAAAAUUGCAAAACAAUAAUCAAACAAAAAAUGUUCCAAACCAGAUCUGUUGCUCUGUUGUCAUCCGCUUUUUGGGAAAUAUACCUGUUAGUUUGUGGACUGAUAUGAAAAUAAUAUUGACCUUCUUAUUUCACUCUCAGCAAGAUGUCCCAAAAACUGCAAACUAUUCCCUUGAUGUAAGACCAAUUUUGAAUGAAAUCUGUAACAUUGUGAGACUGCUGUUGAUCAACAGGGAACAUUGAAAUGUCUCAUCAUAUUAUCUGCAUACCACUGUAUGCCAAACUUCCAAGAUGUCAUCAAAUGAAAUAAAGUGUUAUGUAAUUGCUUCGACUGUAAAGAAUCUGUGCCUGUUUAUUACAAGGCAGACUUUCACAGUGGAAGCAGUGCAUCAGGGUAGCACCAGCCAGGGCUUGACAAAGCAUCUGCUUGUGCUAUGUUUGUUUGCAAUGAGCUCUGCCUCAUUUUGCAUAACUUGUGUAGUGGAGAACAUGUGACAGAGGAGAGAGAGACUGAGGGCGAGAGAGAAAUGAAGACUAAACUAAAAGAAGACAAAGAGCGUUUGUCUAUCCCAGUGCUGUUCCCUUCAGAAUAUUUUGUUGACAAACUUAAUCCUGUGCUUGACUACAAAUGGCUUGAUGUCAUGUGAUUCUGUUUUUAAGUCUCUGUGAUAACAGGAAGUACUGCCAUCAACACAAGAUUAAAUAACAUAUCAGAUGAAUCAGGUGUCUGUCUCUCUUGCUUGCUCACUCACAUUCACAAAAACGCACAGGGCUGUUUUCCAACUACUGCGGUGUGUAGUGAGUUUGUUUAUCAUUCUGUGUGUUACUAUGCCCGGUAGCUUUUGGACAUAGCAAUGAUGUAAUGCCUAUGACUCCACUGGGUGUGAACGGUUAGCUCAACAGAUAGAUUAGCUGUGGUCAUUUUUGCGAUGAACUGAGAUUAGAAAGCACCAUUAACGUGAUAUCAACUACUCAUGGUUUGGUCAUAUGUGAGGUUACAUACCUCAUUCUUUCUGGGUGCACCUCAAAUGCAGUUUGCUUUGUUUUGUAGAAUAAGAGAAUAUAUGGCAGGUGUAGUUCAGGAACAUUGUAUUUUUAUAAUUUUGGAGCUGAGAUCUCUCUAGGAGUGGGACUGCUAGUUAUGGCGUGUGCGUGUUCCCAUGUUCAGUUUAAUCUCACUUUUUUCUCCUCCAUCCUACCAUUCUUUCCUUUCCGUCCUACUGCAGUCAGGGAUGACGCAUCAGUAUUACUGUGGAGCUUACAGGAAGUGUCCUCUUGAUAGGCCAGUGGAGAGGCAGCACAGUAACAGCUCAGACAUGCGUAUGCGUUGCUGAACCGCAUCCAGGGAACACUCGCAGCAUUUUGAUGACAUCACCCCCACUCUGCUCCCGCCUCCCUCUGUUUUCUGUUGAAACAAGCUCCCUCUCACUCUGAGAGGAAAGAGCAGGCAUCAGUAAAAGAACAAGAGCUAGCUCGGAAGGGGAGGGGCUGCUCGUGAGCGAAUGGAAAGAGAGGAAGAGAGCUUUGGGGGGAGGUGGAGGGUGGCUGACGGUGUUAGUGGGCUGGGACUGGCACACACAUACACACAGGAAGAGAAGAGGAGAGGGAAUAUUGCAGUGCAUUGUUAAGACUUCUAUCGUGUACUGUUCUGCUGCUGUUUCUCUCCCAUCAGGAGCAAAAGUUCUCACGCAGUUUUGUCCUUUGUCGUUCUGGAUUUUUCUGUGCUGAAAUGGGGAUGAGGGACUCUGUGGACUGGCAAGUGGGCAGAAGGCACUGAGGUGGAAUACUUCUCUAACUAGCCAGGCUAUGCUCUCUCUUCUCUCUUCUCCCGGCACAGUUUCACUCUUCACUGAUCUAGGUGGCAGAGGACAAACUGGUAGCACUUCUUGGAUCUGUUUUCCUCUGCAGCUGCUCACGUUGUUCAGGAUGAUGCCUUCAACUAGCACCUGUGGAGGGUAGUUUUCAGCUCCAGUCAGGGGUGAGGAGCUGCAAAUGUGAGGUGUUUAUUUCUUGAAGUGGAAUGUUUGGGUGGUGUGAAAUGACAGUGACAGGAGCCCUGUAAAAUUUGCGCCCCCUGGUGAAGCCUAACUUUUGAGAGCCGCCAUGCUGAGCCUGCAGGAUUCGGUCUUCUUUGAGAUCAGCAUCAAAUCUCUGCUCAAGUCUUGGAGUAGCAGCUCUUCUGCACCAGUCAGCAGCAGCGUGAGUAGACGCCGUGCCCCCUCCUCGGUGACUCCUCUCUUGUGGGAGAAACACAACCUCGCCGCCAUGUCGAGCAUCACCAUCGAUCCCGAGCUGAAGCCCGGGGAGUUUGUCAUCAAGAGUCUGUUUGCUGAGUUUGCUGUGCUUGCUGAGAAAAAGAUCGAGAUGGUGAUGGCUGAACCGCUGGAGAAACCCCUGUCCCGAUCCCUCCAGAGAGGGGAAGAUGCACAAUUUGACCAGUUAAUAAGCUCUAUGAGCUCAAUAGCAGAACACUGUUUGCCCUCCCUACUGCGCACACUGUUUGACUGGUACCGGCGACAGAGUGGCACUGAAGACGAGUCUUAUGAGUACAGGCCUCGCUCUAGUACCAAGUCCAAAGGGGAUGAGCAGCAUCGAGAUAAAGAUUACCUGCUCGAACGGAGGGACUUAGCCAUAGAUUUCAUUUUUUGUUUAGUUUCAGUGGAAGUUCUAAAACAGAUCCCUCUUCAUCCAGUGCCAGAUGUUUUAGUACAUGAAGUUCUAAACCUGGCAUUCAAGCACUUUAAACACAAAGAGGGGUACUGUGGCCCCAACACUGGCAAUGUGCACAUCAUCGCAGACCUGUAUGCAGAGGUCAUCGGAGUCCUUACACAGUCUAAGUUUCAGGCAGUGAGGAAGAAGUUCAUCACAGAACUGAAGGAGCUCAGGCAAAAAGAGCAGAGUCCCUAUGUCGUCCAGAGCAUCAUCAGCCUCAUUAUGGGCAUGAAGUUCUUCCGCGUCAAAAUGUAUCCAGUGGAGGAUUUUGAGGCUUCUUUUCAGUUUAUGCAGGAAUGUGCCCAGUAUUUCCUGGAAGUCAAGGACAAGGACGUAAAGCAUGCUUUAGCGGGCCUUUUUGUCGAGAUCCUCAUCCCGGUCGCAGCUGCGGUGAAAAACGAAGUCAAUGUGCCCUGCCUGAAGAACUUUGUGGAGAUGCUAUACCAGACGACAUUUGACCUUAGCUCCAGAAAGAAGCACUCUUUGGCUCUGUAUCCCCUGGUGACAUGCUUGCUGUGUGUUAGUCAGAAGCAGUUUUUCCUCACCAACUGGCACAUCUUCCUCCAGAACUGCCUCUCGCACCUGAAGAUGCCGUCUAACAACAGCAUCCGAAAGCAGAUUGAGACGCUGCAGAACAAAGACCCCAAAAUGUCCCGUGUAGCGCUGGAGUCUCUGUACAGACUGCUGUGGGUUUACAUUAUCAGGAUCAAGUGUGAGAGUAAUACUGUCACACAGAGUCGACUACUCAGCAUCGUUUCAGCACUUUUCCCCAAAGGCUCACGGAGCGUGGUGCCCAGGGACACGCCUCUCAACAUUUUUGUCAAGAUCAUUCAGUUCAUAGCUCAGGAAAGACUGGACUUUGCUAUGAAGGAGAUAAUCUAUGACCUCCUGUGUGUGGGCAAAUCUCACAAAACCUUUGCCAUCAAUCCAGAGAGGAUGAAUAUUGGUUUGCGAGCCUUCUUGGUGAUUGCUGACAGCCUACAGCAGAAAGAUGGGGAGCCUCCUAUGCCUACAACAGGGAUCAUCAUGCCCUCUGGCAACACCCUGCGUGUCAAAAAGAUCUUCCUUAACACCACCCUCACCGAUGAGGAAGCCAAGGUCAUAGGCAUGUCGCUGUACUACCCACAAGUAAGAAAGGCCUUAGAUAACAUCCUGCGACACCUAGACAAGGAAGUGGGACGGUCCAUGAGCAUGACCAAUGUACAGAUGUCCAACAAAGAGCCUGAGGACAUGAUUACGGGAGAGAGGAAGCCAAAGAUCGAUCUCUUCCGUACAUGUGUGGCUGCCAUCCCGAGACUGAUACCAGAUGGCAUGAGCAGACAAGACCUAAUAGAGCUUCUAGCCAAACUGACCAUCCACAUGGAUGAGGAGCUACGUGGCCUUGCCUUCACUACCCUUCAGGCCCUGAUGGUGGAUUUUCCAGAGUGGCGGGAGGAUGUUCUCUCAGGCUUUGUCUACUUCAUUGUCCGAGAGGUAACUGAUGUCCACCCCACGCUGCUGGACAACGCUGUCAAGAUGCUCCUGCAGCUCAUCAUCCAGUGGAGGCAGGCAGUGCAGAGCAGCAAUAAGAGCCACGACGGGCAGGGCUCGAGCAGUGGCCAUACUCUGUCCUUGGAACGCACUCCUUUGUUGGGUGUCCUUCACGUGGUGGAGGGCUUAGGACUGGUGGUGCUUUGUAGCUGCCGUCCUGCCACGCGCAGGCUGGCUGUUAAUGUCCUUAAGGAGGUCCGUGCGCUGCACACUGCACUGGGCAUUGGCAAGGGGGACGAGGAACUGGCAAUUGAUGUAAUGGAUAGAUUAAGUGCAUCAGUGUUGGAGAGUUUCAUUCAUCUCACAGGAGCUGACCAGACAAACCUGCUCUACUGUCCCAGUGGGAUUGAUCUUCAAACGCUAGCAGAGUGGAGCUCCUCUCCCAUCAGCCAUCAGUUUGACGUGGUGAGCCCCUCGCACAUCUGGGUGUUUGCCCACGUUACUCAGGGCCAGGACCCCUGGGUCAUCAGCUUCUCCAGCUAUCUGCGGCAGGAGAACCUACCCAAACAUUGCCCCACUGCUCUCAACUAUGCCUGGAUGUUUGCCUACACCCGCCUGCAGCUGCUGUCUCCACAAGUUGACAUGAAUAGCCCCAUCAAUGCCAAGAAAGUGAACAGUCUGAACAGCAGUGACUCUUACAUUGGUCUUUGGAGGAACUACCUGAUUCUCUGCUGCAGCUCUGCCUCCUCCUCCCCCUCCAUGUGUUCCACAUCCUCCACCUCUGGCUCCGUCCGCUGCUCCCCGCCUGAGACGCUGGCGUCCACACCGGACAGCGGCUACAGUUAUGACUCAAAGAUUGUUGGCACUCCGUCCCCCUCCUCUCUGUUCAAACACAUUGUUCCUAUGAUGCGCUCUGAGAGCAUGGACAUCACAGAGUCCCUUGUGUUGGGGCUUGGCAGGACCAACCCCGUGGCCUUCAGAGAGUUGAUAGAGGAGCUAAAUCCCAUCAUAAAAGAAGCUCUAGAAAGAAGACCUGAAAACAUGAAGCGACGCAGGCGUCGUGACAUCCUCAGGGUCCAGCUGGUCCGGAUAUUUGAGCUGCUGGCUGAUGCUGGUGUCAUUAGCCAGAUAGCUAGUGGAGGGUUAGAUGGAGAGAGCCACUCUCUGAACAGCACACUGCUUGAGUAUGUUGAUCUGACCAGGCAGUUGCUUGAGGCUGAGAAUGACAAGGACUCUGACACACUGAAGGACAUUCGCUGUCACUUUAGUGCACUUGUGGCCAAUAUCAUUCAGAAUGUUCCAGUACACCAGAGGAGGACCAUCUUUCCCCAGCAGUCGCUGAGACACAGUCUGUUCAUGCUGUUCAGUCACUGGGCUGGGCCCUUCAGCAUCAUGUUCACUCCCCUGGAUCGCUACAGUGACAGAAAUAUGCAGAUCAACCGCCAUCAGUACUGUGCACUAAAGGCCAUGUCUGCGGUGUUGUGUUGCGGGCCUGUAGCUGACAAUGUAGGCCUUUCCUCUGAUGGCUACCUCUAUAAAUGGCUGGACAACAUCCUGGAUUCUCAGGACAAGAAGGUGCACCAGCUGGGUUGUGAGGCUGUGAUGCUGCUGCUGGAGCUGAAUCCAGACCAGAGCAACCUCAUGUUUUGGGCUGUGGACCGCUGCUACACGGGCUCUCGUCGCGUGGCUGCCGGUUGCUUCAGGGCAAUUGCCAACGUCUUUCACAACAGGGAUUACCAGUUUGACACUGUGGUGCUGCUGAACCUCAUUCUGUUCAAGGCAGCUGAUUCUUCCAGGGACAUCUAUGAGGUGGCCAUGCAGCUUUUACAGAUCCUGGAACCCAAGCUCUUCCGUUAUGCCCAUAAAUUGGAGAUCCUGCGAACAGAUGGAAUCUUGACGCCUCCCUCACCAUUACCACACCUCUACUCCGUGUCUUACUACCAGCUGUCUGAGGAGCUUGCUAGGACUUACCCAGAGCUCACACUACCCAUCUUCUCAGAGGUGAGCCAGCGAAUCCAGACAGCACACCCUGGUGGUCGCCAGGUCAUGUUACACUACCUCCUGCCUUGGAUGAACAAUGUGGAGCUGGUCGAUUUCAAACCGGCUGCACGGCGACCAGAGGAUUGCGGCAGUGGUGAGGACGAUGAGGAUGUACACGAGCGGGAGAUCAUGAUGGUUAACAGCCGGCGCUGGCUUCGCGGAGAGGGCUGGGGUUCCCCGCGAGCAACAACUAUGGUGCUAAACAAUCUCAUGUUUAUGACUGCUAAGUAUGGGGAUGAGUUUGCUUGGUCAGAGAUAGAGAAUGUGUGGACCACAUUAGCAGACAGCUGGCCAAAGAACCUCAAAAUCAUUCUGCACUUCCUCAUCAGUAUGUCAGGAGUCAACAGUGACCCCAGCCUCUUGCCCUAUGUGAAACGAGUCGUGGUUUACUUGGGCAGAGACAAGACUAUGCAGCUGCUGGAGGAGUUGAUGUGUGAGCUUGAGUUGACUGAUCCUGUUAGCUCAGCAGUCACUCACAUGGACAACCCCCCUUAUUACCGCAUCACCUCCAGUUACAAGAUCCCCUCGGUCACCUCAGGAACAACAUCCAGCAGCAAUACCAUGGUGCCAGGAAAUGAUGGUCAUCAUGACAGCAAGAUCAAAGACUCUAACAUGGAGGACAGUUACACCCACCUGGAUAUCUACAGUGGUCUUAACAGCAACCUGAACCGGCAGCACCACCGUCUGGAAUCUCGUUACAGCAGCAGCUCUGGAGGCUCCUAUGAAGAGGAGAAGAGUGACUCCAUGCCACUUUAUGCUAACUGGCGUUUGAAAGUGAUGGAUCACAACCAGCCAGAGCCUCUCCCCUUCCCUCCUACAGGAGGCUGUUGGUCUCCUCUUGUGGACUACCUACCAGAGACAAAUGCCCCUGCCGUGCCGCUACACAGAUGUAACAUUGCAGUCAUCCUACUGACAGACCUUAUUGUGGACCAUGGUGUCAAAGUGGAAUGGAGUGCCUAUCUGCACCUCUUGCUACAUGCAGUUUUUAUAGGGUUUGAUCACCAGCACCCUGAAGUCUACGAACACUGCAAACGUCUGCUGCUUCAUUUGCUUAUUGUCCAGGGAGCAAACAGCAAUGUUCAGUCUGUGGCCAUGGUGCUUUUACGUAACAGAGACUACAAUGAGCCGAGGGUCCUAACUGUGAAGCCAGUAACACCAGAGUUCAACCUCACAGGAGUACAGGAGUUUUUGCCAGAUUGUCAGCCAUCACCUAUGACAGAUUCCGGCCUCAGCUCGAGCUCCACAUCAUCCAGCAUAAGUCUCGGAGCAGGGGGAACUGCUCUGUCCCACCUGUCCCCCACACUUCUCAGUGAGGUUGAUGUCACUGCUGAACAGGAUGAGAAGGUCAAAGCUCUAAUUGAGUUCAUUACAUCAAGGAAGAGAGGCCCACUCUGGAACCAUGAAGACGUGUCACCCAAGAACCCCAACAUUAAGAGUGCUGACCAGUUGAGUGUUUUUGUCAGACAUGUAGUGACUGUCUUCAAACAUUCCCAGUCAGGUUUCCAGCUCGAGUCACUGCUGAGUGAAGUAGCCCUGCAAACAGCUCUGUCUUGUUCUUCUCGCCACUACGCUGGUCGCUCAUUCCAGAUUUUCAGGGCACUCAAGCAACCCCUGACUCCAGCCUUACUGUCUGACAUUCUCUCUCGGCUGGUAGAGACUGUAGGAGACCCAGGAGAGGAGGCUCAGGGCUUUGUCAUUGAACUACUCCUGACGCUGGAGUCUGGCAUUGACACUUUAGCAGACACAGUCAAGAACUAUGACCUUCUCACUGCAAUAGCACAAACCCCUACACGUGAUCAUCUUUUGGGGCCCAAGUUUGCAGCCAACAGGAAAAGCACAGGCCAGCUGAACCUGAACAGUGGUAGUCUGUUCCAUUAUGUCCACACUCGCAGCAGCUCUCUUCGUGCCAGCCUGAUGGGCGAACGAAAAGCAGACCGGCGUAGAAGUAACACCCUUGACGUAGCCGACCGACUUGGUGGUAGCCACGGAAACUUGGCGCGCACGCGGAGCUUAUCAUCACUAGGUGGGGGUGGGGGUCCAGGGGGGGACUCAAUCCACGCUGUGGACCCGUCAAAUCUGAUGGCCACUGUCUUCUGGAUUGCUGCCUCGCUGCUCGAGUCAGACUACGAGUUUGAGUAUCUGCUGGCCCUGCGGCUACUAAACAAGCUGCUGGGCCAGCUGCCUCUGGAUCGAGCGGACAGCAGAGAACGACUGGAGAAGGUCCAGGCCAAGCUGAAGUGGUACAGCUUCCCUGGCCUGCUGCAGCUCUUCUUGAAGGGCUUCACCUCUGCCUCUACCCAGGAGCUCACCAUCCACCUGCUGAGCAAACUCAUUAGUGUCUCCAGACAUACUCUGAUAGACCCUUCACAAGUGGCAGGUUUCCCUUUGAAUAUCCUGUGCCUCCUACCACAUCUCAUCCAGCACUUUGACAGCCCCACUCCUUUCUGUAAGGAGACAGCUGACAAGAUAGCCAAGGUGUGUGCAGACGAGAAGUCAGCCACACUCUCCAACCUGGCCCACAUGAUGAGCCUGUACAGCACUCACAGCUAUUCUCGCGACUGCACCAACUGGAUCAACGUGGUCUGUCGCUAUCUCCAUGAUGCCUUCGCUGAGAUCACCUUGAACCUGGUGACUUACUUAGCUGAGUUGCUGGAGAAGGGCCUUCCCAGCAUGCAGCAGUCCUUGUUGCAGAUCAUCUACAGCCUGCUGAGUCAUAUUGACCUAUCGGCAGCCCCAGUAAAACAGUUCAACCUGGAAAUCAUGAAGAUCAUUGGCAAAUAUGUUCAGAGCCCACACUGGAAGGAGGCCCAAAACAUUCUGAAGUUGGUGGUGUCUCGCUCAGCUAGCCUUGUUGUUCCAGAUGAUGUGCAGCGUUCUUAUAGCACAGAAUCGUGCAGCUCUCCAGAAAUUGCCUUUACACGCAUAUUCAACAACUCCUCGAAGGAGCUGCCUGGCAAAACUCUGGAUUUCCACUUUGACAUCUCAGAGACACCGAUCAUAGGGCACAAAUAUGGUGACCAGCGUACAGCAGCAGGCCGGAAUGGAAAGCCACAGGUGAUUGCUGUAACUAGGAGCACUUCAUCCACAUCAUCUGGCUCCAACUCCAAUGGUCUGGUGCCAGUAAGCUGGAAGAGACCUCAACUCUCUCAGAGAAGAACCAGAGAGAGACUGAUGAAUGUCCUGUCUCUAUGUGGCCCAGAGUCUGGCAUUCCCAAGAAUCCAUCUGUAAGACUCCUCUCCUACUCUAAAGCCUCAGAAAAGGUGGUAUUCUCAUCCAAUGAAGAUUUGGACUCUGCAGAUCAGCAGACCAGUCUUAUACCCACAGUGGAGGAGGUGGUCAGAGAAGAGGAGGUGCAGGGAGAAGAUACGGGCAGUGAGCAGCAGUUUGGGGUCUUCAAAGACUUUGACUUCUUGGAUGUGGAGCUGGAGGAUGCCGAGGGGGAGAGCAUGGACAACUUCAACUGGGGGGUGCGUCGUCGCUCCCUGGAGAGCAUGGACAAAGGGGAUACGCCGUCUUUGCAGGAGUGCCAGUACACGGGCAGCACGCCAAGCCUCAACCUCACCAACCACGAGGACACGGAUGAAUCAUCUGAGGAGGAGGUACUGAGCGCUAGCCAGAUUCUCACCCGCUCUGGCCUUCUCAACAGUGACUCCGCAACCGAUGAUACCGCAUCCAACCAUGUGGACUCGUUGCAGCAGUCUCAGGAAUCGUCCAGCAGUGCCCUAACCGAGGAGGCGACUGUCCUGCCCUCUGUGUCCUCCCUUCCUCGGCUGGAUAGUCCCAUUUUGGAGAUGGUCCACUCAGACAGCACCAGCAGCCAGCUGCCUGAGGAUGCUGUAAGCAUGACGGCAGCGGACGAGCUGAGUAGCAGUGUGAGCGAGGACACUGGGUUCUGCAGCGCCCCUCCACUGCCCUCUGACCCACAGGAACUGUGUGACCUCCCAGACUCACAGGACCAUCAGGAUGCUCAGGAACCCCAGGAGACCCAGGACCCUCAAGAGGACCUGGAUCCAGCCCCCCCUCCCCCGCCAGCCAUAGACACUCCACCGGGGUCCCUAUGUGAGGAGGAAUCCCAAACAGUCCUGCCUCUGUCUCUGCCCUUGCCCAUGCCGUCAGAGACGAAGCCAGACCCAGACCCAGACCCAGACAGCACCUGUGGCUCUGUGUGGGAGGAAGAUGUGACACAGGCCCUGAAGGAGCUGGAUGAGCGCUGUGAGGAGGAGGAGGCCGACUUCUCUGGCAUGUCCAGCCAAGAUGAAGGUGACGCAGACUGCUUCCCAGAGAUUCAGGCCUCUCCGCCCCCUUCGCCCUUCCUCUCUGCUAUUCUGGCAGCAUUCCAGCCUGUUGCCUACGACAGUGAGGAAGAUGCUUGGCGUUGCCAUGUCAACCAGAUGUUGUCAGAUACAGAUGGUUCCUCUGCUGUUUACACGUUCCACGUGUUCUCCCGACUCUUUCAGAGCAUUCAGAGGAAAUUUGGCUCCAUUACACAUUCAUCUGUUCGCUUUCUCGGGGAAAGGCUCCAGCGAAUGGGUAAUCAGUUUCUCAGCUCCCUGGAGGUCAUGACGUCUUGCUCGCAGUGCCCCACUGUGCUGCUGGAUGCAGAGACGCUGGUCUCUUGUGGACUGUUGGAGACUCUGAAGUUUAGUGUGCUGGAGUUACAGGAACACUUGGAUACCUACAAUGCCAAGAGAGAAGCAGCAGAGCUCUGGCUUGAGAACUGCAGGAAAACGUUUGGGGAUAAAGACAGCAGCCAACAACCCAAUACUCAUGCACAGCAAAUGGAAAAUCUAGCAGAGCUGGAGUUAUGUCGACGGCUCUAUAAGUUGCACUUUCAGCUGCUGCUACUCUUCCAGGCCUACUGUAAGCUCAUCAGCAGGGUGGACACCAUCAAGAGAGAGGCAGAGGUGACCAACAUGUCUGAAGAACUCACUAUCUUAGAGAGCUGUUUGAAGGAGGCAGAGACAGGAAAUGAUGGUCAGGAGGAUGUGUGUAUGUCAGACACUGCCCAGACCAACACAGAGACAGCCAUCCAGUCACUCAUUGAGACUCUGAGAGCCAGAGACUUCAGCUCAGCCAUCACACAAGUCAAAGUCUUUCGGUCUUUGUGGCCCAACGACAUAUUUGGCAACGAGACAGACAACGCAGUCCAGACUCUUCUGCACAUCUACUUCCGGCACCAGACACUGGGCCAGACGGGCUGCUUGGCGGUGGUGGGCCCCAGCAGGGACCUGUCUCAGGCUAGCACCCGCCUCAUGGAACUCAACCUGCAGAUCCGUGAGGCUCUGUGUCAGGCGCAAGCCUGCCAGCCCCACCCCAACAUGGUCAGCACUGGACUGUGAACUAGUGGUACUGCAGGCUGCACGCUUGGACAAAAAUGCCCCCCCCCCCCCCUACAUAGACCUCACCUCAGCUGUAGAGAGAGGGUAGCCUGUGAGGGGCUUCAGAGGAGGAUGAGAGAGACUCCACCUAUAAAGGGCUAAAGGAUCAGUGGGAAUAACUGUGACUGUUAAAAAAAAUAUAUCUAUCUAUAUAUAUAUAUAUGUAUAUAUAUAUGUAUAUAUAUAUAUAUAUAUAUAGAUAGAUAGAUAGAUAAAAGCUAACAUCUUUUCCCAGACUAAGCCAACUUGCAAAAUUCUGUUGCAAUAAGUCAUGUGGUGUGACUGGGAGAGAAUAAGAGAGGACACAGUGGGAUGAUAAUUUUUUUUUCUCUCAGUUAUUUUUGUUUUUUUAUUUUACUUUUCUUUGUGCCGGAUCUGACCUGAUGGGCCUAUCGUACCGACCGGUGGCCUCCUAGGGGCCUGGGCUGAAACACGGUAUUGAAGCAUGUAAUGACAGUCCAGAGGAGGUGUCGAAUGCGGGAGGACACACCAUCAAGAUUCAGAAGCAAACAAAAUCUUGUUUUAAAAAAAAAAAAAAAAAAAAAAAGGUUUUCAGAAGCAUGCUUGAAAGGAAAAAAAGCACUGCAAGAAUAUUUUUUUGAGAAAUGUAUUUUUUAUUAGAACUAACAUCCUAGGUUGUAAAUGUCAGGAUAUUUAACAUGUAAUUGUAACCCUGUGGGAGAUGUCUGCCGUCAGGGAGUGUAAAAAGAGAAAUAUAUCUGUUUAUUGAUCUGCUUUGAGAGGAGAGUCCCCUUCAACAGGUCUUCACACAAAACUCACUCUUUAACCAAAUAAGUAGCUGCCUUUAGAGACUCUUGACUGUGUGAUAUAUAUUGGAUAUUCUGGUAUACACUCACACAAAUGCAUAUAAUUGCACACAGGUGCAGACUGGCUACAACUCAUUAUGGAAACAUAACUUAUUUUACUCUGUAUAUAUUUUAGAAAAUGUAUAGUGUAAAACCAGUAUUUUUCCCUUGUACUUUUGUGUAAUGCACUGUUCAUCCGUGUAGGAUGUAUGUAUAAAGCUAAUGUGAUGAGAGAAAGCCAAGACCAGGUUUAAGUCCUUAAUGAUCCGCUCCAUCUUUGUCAUCCAAUUACACAAACUUCAAAAACUUCCCAAAGGCUGCCUUGGUUGUUGGUUGUGGUCUUGCAAAAUGGGAGGGGUCAGGGUUCAUUUGGGACAAGCCAUCUGUCUGCCUUUGUGAUGGUGAUGGCAUGGGAGAUCUAAUGUAGCCUCCAUCUCCUGUUUGGACCACACCGAUCCAGCCAAGUCAUAUGCAUUCCUUCUCUCCACUGUGAUCUUUUUCUUUAGCACGUCAACCCCAGCAUGGGCGCCGCUUAAAGCCUCAUGAAGGGGAGACUGAGGCUUGUGUUUGUCCACAUAGGUUGAUCACAUUGCAAAGCAGCUCUCAUCCUCGGCUACAUUUUGAUCCUGUUUUCAGAGGGGAAAUGGCUGUCGCUGAAGCUGCGCUAUGCUUUCAGAUUGGCCCUGUUUGCUGCUGUGACUGCAGGACAACUUAUCUGAAUGCUUUCUGGAAAUCUUGUCAUGGCACAUUGUAACAGUCACUGUACUCAUUCCUCAGAGAGCUUUUUUUUUCCCUGCUUGUCUGGUACAUUUGAAUGCUGUUCUUAAUUAUUUAAUGCAUAUAUUAUUUACCUGGGAGAUGUUUUAAUGUAGAGGUGCAUUAUACGUUUUUUUUUUUCUUCCCUCUUGUUCACUCACAUACCAGCCUUCUCUCUGGAUAAAUAAAAACCUAAUCAUACAGUA